CGGCUAAUCUAUCUCCGCUGAUUCAUCCAUCUCUCCUCUACCGCUCGCAUCGGAAGCCCUAGAAUCUCCAGACUCGCGCCUGUCACCGUUCUCGAUCCUCACAAUCUCAACCAUGGCGGCGACGAACGAACACACCGUCUUGCAAUUCGUGACUCCGUCAUCGACGGCCUCCACAACCACCCAAGUGCUCACAGCGCGAAUCCACCCACUUGUUAUCUUCAACGUCUGCGACUGCUUCGUGAGACGACCCGACUCAGCUGAGCGAGUCAUCGGCACUCUCCUCGGAUCUAUCCUACCCGACGGAACCGUCGAUAUCCGCAACUCUUACGCCGUCCCUCACAACGAAUCUUCCGAUCAGGUUGCUGUGGAUAUUGAUUACCACCACAACAUGUUAGCUUCACACCUUAAGGUGAAUCCGAAGGAAGUAAUCGUUGGCUGGUAUUCUACUGGUGCUGGGGUCAAUGGCGGUAGUGCACUGAUUCACGACUUCUUUGCUAGAGAAGUCACCAACCCUAUUCACCUUACCGUGGACACUGGGUUCACUAAUGGUGAAGGUACCAUCAAAGCUUACGUCUCUUCAAACCUUUCGCUUGGUGACAGACAACUUGCUGCACAGUUUCAAGAGAUUCCUGUUGAUCUCCGUAUGGUUGAGGCUGAGAGAGUCGGAUAUGAUGUCCUGAAGGCAACAGCUGUUGACAAACUCCCAAAUGACAUGGAAGGAAUGGAGCAGACAAUGGAGAGGCUGUUGACUCUUAUCAACGAUGUUUACAAAUAUGUUGACAGUGUCGUGGAAGGUAAGACAUCUCCAGACAACAACAUAGGACGAUUUAUUGCAGAGGCAGUAGCAUCCCUUCCCAAGUUACCCCCACAAGUCUUCGAUAACCUCGUGAAUGAUAGUCUCCAGGAUCAAUUGCUUCUGUUGUACCUAUCAAGCAUAACAAGGACACAGUUGAGUCUAGCGGAGAAGCUAAACACAGCUGCUCAAAUGCUGUAAUAAGCUUUUGUUUUGAUAAGCAAGGUUUUGCUGAAAAUGUGAAAUGUUGCUUUUGAUAUCAUUGUUUUUGACAACGUUUGUGUAAGAUUCGGUCUCUUGUUGUAGCUUUCCUAAAUUGCAACUUAGAAACAGACAAGAGUCCUUUUUCAUGAGUUAAAUUAAACGAAGUUUCAAUA